UGAAGAAGAAGAAGAAGAAGAGCGGCGCUGUUUCCGCUAACCAAGUAAACAAGAUGGCGUCAGGCAGCGGGUCUAGUAAGAACGACUUCCGUCGGAAGUGGGACAAAGAUGAGUACGAAAACCUCGCUCAGAAACGACUGGCAGAGGAGAGAGACCGAGAGAGGAGAGAUGGGAAAACGGCUCCACCGGUCAAGCGGGAUCUCCUGCGUCACCGAGACUACAAGGUGGAUCUGGAGUCCAAACUGGGCAAGACCAUCGUCAUCACCAAGACCACUCCUCAGGCGGAGAUGGGCGGUUAUUACUGUAACGUCUGUGACUGCGUGGUGAAAGAUUCCAUCAACUUCUUGGAUCACAUCAACGGCAAGAAACACCAGAGGAAUCUGGGCAUGUCAAUGAGGGUCGAGCGCUCGUCUCUGGAUCAGGUCAAGAAGCGUUUCGAGGUGAACAAGAAGAAGCUGGAGGAGAAGCAGAAGGAGUACGACUUCGAGGAGCGCAUGAAGGAGCUGCGUGAGGAGGAGGAGAAGGCGAAGGCCUACAAGAAGGAGAAGCAGAAGGAGAGAAAGCGGCGGGCGGAGGAGGACGUGGACUUUGAGGAGGACGAUGAGAUGGCGGCGGUGAUGGGUUUCUCCGGCUUCGGCUCUUCCAAGAAGAGCCACUGAUGACCUGCGAGGACGGCGACGUCGCACCGGGAAAGGUUCCUGCUCCACCUGCCACCUCCGUCCGGUGGAGCUUCAGACCAGGAGGAGACCGUAAAGGCAGGAGUCCUGCUGCAGCCUGCGGUCAUUUCCACAGUCCUGCCGUCUGUCAUCGCCCUGGUUCAGACUUUUACUUUAUUUACCGCCAGGCUCUCAUUUUAGUAGUUUGAUCCGUCACUCAGUCAGCUUCCGGUCUCACACACUAAAUGACGGUGAAGUAAAUAUUGUUGUGGGUUAGAAAACCUGUAAACGCAGCAGGUUGGACACGAAGCAGCUGUUUUCCUGAGACCAAAAGACAAAACUGUAGCGGUUUUCUUUAAGAUUUGUAUCUGAGUGGGACAUAUUUAAGUUCACACAGAAAAAAAAAAAUCAGGAAAUAUCAUGUUUGUUGUUUUGUUUGAAGCCACAGAAACAUUCAGAGGCGGCGGUUUGAGCUUUUUCUCCUUCAUACCAACAUACGGAAUAUAAAUAUUAAGUUUCAGAACUGAGUCUGAAACAUGAAAAGUGCUUCACAUUUUAAACGUAAACUGAAUUUCAGCUUGUUGAAAUAAUUUUUUUCAUGUCUUAAAAGCUCAAACAGCCACAGAGGUUUUAUCUUUGUCACGUCAGAGCUCGUCUGUAUCGGGACACGGCAUGUUGGGAAAUUUUAAUAAACUGUUUUUUUCUAA